CUGUCCUCCAUGUCGUUGUUUUUAGCUUCAGUUUGCAUCUCUCUCAGCAUCUCUGCCUCAGUGCUGAUGAUCUGACCUGUUGAAUUCAUGCUGAAGACCGUCAUCUUUCCGAAAUGAGGGCUGUUCCCACAUGGAUAGAUAAAGUACACGACCGGGAUAAGGUUGAACAAUGUAUUUAUGAUCUCGCCUUCAGACCAGAUGGAUCUCAGCUCAUAGUAGCGGCUGGAAAUCGAGUUCUGGUGUACGACACGGCCGACGGGACGCUCAUACAGCCGCUGAAGGGACACAAAGACACUGUCUACUGCGUGGCUUACGCUAAAGAUGGGAAACGCUUUGCAUCCGGUUCAGCAGAUAAAAGCAUCAUCAUCUGGACCUCAAAACUGGAGGGGAUCCUCAAAUACACUCACAAUGACUCGAUCCAGUGUGUGACGUACAACCCCGUCACACACCAGCUGGCGUCAUGUUCCUCAGGAGACUUCGGUCUGUGGUCUCCAGAGCAGAAGUCUGUCUCCAAACACAAAGUCAGCAGUAAGAUCACCUGCUGUGGGUGGACUAAUGACGGCCAGUACUUGGCUCUGGGAAUGAUGAACGGUGUGGUGAGCAUCAGAAACAAGAACGGAGAAGAGAAGGUGAAGAUCGAGCGUCCGGGCGGCUCCUCAUCGCCCAUCUGGUCCAUCGCCUGGAACCCGUCCAAGGAUGAACACAAUGAUAUCUUGGCAGUGGCUGAUUGGGGGCAGAAGCUGUCUUUCUACCAGCUCAGUGGGAAACAGAUUGGGAAGGACCGGCAGCUGAACUUUGACCCCUGCUGCGUGAGCUUCUUCUCGAAGGGCGAGUACAUUGUGAUGGGCGGCUCAGACAGACAGGCUUCGCUCUACACUAAAGACGGGGUUCGGCUCGGCACCGUUGGCGAGCAGAGCUCCUGGGUUUGGACCUGCCGCGUCAAGCCAGACUCGAAUUAUGUGGUUUUAGGCUGUCAGGACGGCACCAUCGCAUUCUUCCAGCUCAUCUUCAGCACGGUUCAUGGCUUAUACAAGGACCGCUAUGCCUACAGGGACAGUAUGACCGACGUCAUCGUGCAGCACCUCAUCACCGAGCAGAAAGUGCGAAUAAAAUGCCGUGAGUUGGUGAAGAAGAUCGCCAUCUACCGCAGCCGACUGGCCAUUCAGCUUCCUGAGAAGAUCCUCAUCUACGAGCUUUACUCCGACGACUCCAACGACAUGCAUUACCGCGUCAAAGAGAAGAUCUGCAAACGCUUUGAGUGCAACCUGCUGGUCGUCUGCUCACAACAUAUCAUUCUCUGUCAGGAAAAGAGGCUGCAGUGUUUGUCCUUCACGGCCGUCAAAGAGAAAGAGUGGCUGAUGGAGUCUCUCAUUCGCUACAUCAAAGUGAUCGGCGGCCCGGCUGGACGAGAGGGGCUUCUGGUGGGACUGAAGAACGGAGCUAUCCUGAAGAUCUUCGUGGACAACCCGUUCGCCAUCACGCUGCUGAAGCAGAACACGUCUGUGCGCUGUCUGGACAUGAGCACGUCACGCAGCAAACUGGCAGUGGUGGACGAACACAACACGUGCCUGGUGUACGACAUUCACACCAAAGAGCUGCUCUUCCAGGAGCCCAAUGCGAACAGCGUGGCGUGGAACACGCAGUGUGAAGACAUGCUGUGUUUCUCUGGCAGUGGAUAUCUGAACAUCAAGGCCAGUAACUUCCCAGUGCACCAGCAGAAACUGCAGGGCUUCGUAGUGGGUUACAAUGGAUCCAAGAUCUUCUGCCUUCACGUCUACUCUAUGGCUGCAGUGGAGGUGCCUCAGUCGGCUCCGAUGUAUCAGUACCUGGAGCGCCGCAUGUUUCAGGAGGCCUAUCAGAUCGCCUGUCUGGGAGUGACGGAUAAUGACUGGAGGGAUCUGGCCACUGAGGCUCUGGAGGGACUCGAUUUCCACACCGCCAAGAAGGCGUUCAUCAGGGUUCGAGAUCUGCGCUAUCUGGAGCUCAUCAGCAGCAUUGAAGAGAGGAAGAGGAGGGGUGAGAAUGAUAACCAGCUCUUCCUCGCAGACGUUUACGCGUAUCAGGGCAAGUUCCAUGAGGCCGCCAGACUCUACCGGAGAAGCGGGCAGGACAGCCGUGCACUCAGCAUGUACACCGACCUGCGCAUGUUUGAGUACGCCAAGGACUUCCUCGGCUCAGCAGAUCCCAAGGACACUAAACUGCUGAUGAAGAAGCAGGCGGACUGGGCGAAGAACAGUAAAGAGCCUCGAGCGGCUGCAGACAUGUACUUGACGGCAGGAGAACACAUGAAAGCCAUCGAGAUCAUCGGAGAACAUGGCUGGAUGGACAUGUUGAUAGAUUUGGCUCGUAAGCUGGAUAAAGCAGAGCGGGAGCCGCUGUCCAGAUGUGCCGUGUUUUUUAAGAAGUUCAAUCAUCACGGUUACGCUGCUGAGAUUUAUAAUAAAAUGGGUGAUCUGAAGGCGCUGGUGCAGCUUCAUGUGGACACUACACACUGGGAUGAGGCGUUCUCUCUAGUCGAGAAACACUCUCAGUUCAGAGAUGACGUGUAUGUGCCGUACGCACAGUGGUUGGCUGAACACGACCGUUUCGAGGAGGCCCAGAAAGCCUUCCACAAAGCGGGGCGUCAGGCGGAGGCCGUGCGAGUGCUGGAGCAGCUUACCCAUAAUGCCGUGGUGGAGAGCAGGUUCAAUGACGCCUCGUACUACUACUGGAUGCUGUCCAUGCAGUGCCUCGACAUCGCCAGAGAUAACACAGAGAAGAAGGAGGAGAUGCUGAAGAAGUUUCACAGUUUCCAGCACUUGGCUGAGCUGUAUCACGUCUAUCAUUCUGUCCAUCGAUACAUGUCGGAGCCCUUUAGUUCCAACAUGCCAGAAAUUCUCUUCAACAUCUCCCGGUUUCUCUUCCACAACCUGACCAGAGAUGUUCCCAUGGGCAUCUCUAAAGUAGAUACUCUGUAUGCUCUGGCAAAGCAGAGUAAAGUUCUGGGAGCAUAUAAAGUAGCGCGACACGCCUUCGAGAAACUGCAGGGCCUGAAGAUCCCGUCCCGCUAUCAGGAGAGCAUGGAGCUCAGCUGCCUGACAGUCCGCUCCAAACCCUACCGUGACAGCGAGGAUUUGAUCCCGAUGUGUUACCGCUGCUCCACCAACAACCCUUUGCUGAAUAACCAGGGCAACUCCUGCAUCAACUGCAGACAGCCGUUCAUAUUUUCUGCCUCCUCUUAUGAGGUUCUUCCGCUGGUAGAGUUUUAUCUGGAGGAGGAUAUCUCGGAUGAGGAGGCCGUGUCUCUGAUUGACCUGGAAGUGCCUCGCGUGGAGCGAAGCGGCAGCUGGCAGGAGAUGGGCGGAGGAGAAUCUCAGUGUCUGAAGCUGGAUGAUGGGACUGAAGACCCAGAGGACGACCCCUUUACAGCCAAACUCAGCUUUGAGCAGGGUGGCCGGGAGUUUGUGCCGGUGGUCGUGAGUCGGGCGGUGUUGAGGUCCAUGUCUAGACGGGAUGUUCUGAUCAAGCGCUGGCCCAAACCUCUCAGCUGGCAGUACUACCGAUCUCUGCUGCCCGACGUCAGCAUCACCAUGUGUCCGUCCUGCUUUCAGAUGUUUCACAGUGAGGACUACGAGCUGUUGGUUCUUCAGCACAACUGCUGUCCGUACUGCCGCAGACCCAUCGACGAGCCCAGCUAGCACAACCGUAUGUGCUGAAUGUGCGUGAGCUCGGUUUGAUCAGGAUUGAGCUGUUGGAAUCCGUCAGUAAAUGCCAGCUCAGCGCAGCUCUGAUAGGAUUACCCGGAUCAACCGGCCAAAGCAGAUUACACCGUGUAUCCAUGUGUGUCCAUACAUGCUCCUUAUCACACUUACACACACACACAGCUCAUUCCAUUUAAACACUGCUACUCGUUUGUGAGCGAAGUCGUUUUAAAUAAAGAUUUCAUAUUUAUGUC